AGUACCAGCGCGCGUUCACCAAGUAUGACCGUGAGAGCAGCGGAAUGAUAGCGACCAAGGAUCUGGGACUCGUGCUCAGAGAGAUGGGCAUCACGAUGGGCAUGCAGGAGAUCCGACCGAUGGUAAAAGAAGCCGAUCCAGAAGGCACUGGCUCGAUGGACUUUGAAGACUUUGCGAUGGUCGUUGUCAAGUUCAUACUGGAGUCGGACGAGGAUAUGACCGAGCAGCCGGAGGCCUUCCGACUUUAUGACAAGGGUAACAACGGCUACAUCAACGUGAAGGAGCUGAAGGAGAUAUUGCGGGCAGUCGAUGACAAGAUGACAGAGGAGGAGUUAGAUGGCAUGAUCAGAGAAAUCGACCAAGAUGGCAGCAACACUGUCGACUUGAAGAGUUUCUUGAGAUGAUGAAUGGCUAAACAAGCACACGCACGCAUCCCUCAUCUAUUUGCCAAACGACCACACCUCCCCAGCAUCGUCUCCUGUUGAAACGUUGUGCGCGGCACUCGCACAUAUAAUAUUGGCCAACGAACGCCUGGAAAGAGCUACGACUCCGCAACGAUUCGUCCAACAACAGAGAACUCUGCACCG